AUGGGGACAACCGUAGGAACCGGCACCAGCACAAUCAAACCCUUCAAAAUAUCCAUCCCAGACGCCCAACUCUCAUCUCUCCACCAAAAACUCGCCCUAGCCUCGUUCCCGGAUGAGGUUGACCAUGAUGAUUCUCAACAGUGGAGCAUGGGCGCUCCCCUAGACGAUAUCAAACGCCUGACAAACCAUUGGAAACACUCGUUUGACUGGCGCAAGGCCGAGCGCGAGCUGAACGAGACGCUGCCACAGUUUGUUGCUAGUGUGCCUGUGUCUGGGUUCGGAGAGCUUGACGUGCAUUUUGUAUAUCAAAGGGGCGAGACAAGAAAAGGAAGAGUGGCGAUUCCGCUGUUGUUUAUUCAUGGAUGGCCCGGGAGCUUCGUCGAAGUCCAGAAAAUCCUGCCUCUUUUGACACAGGUCAGUGAAGAUGAAGACGAUCUACCAGUCUUUGACGUAGUCGCGCCCUCACUGCCUAAUUUUGGAUUCUCCGAGGGUGCUUCCAAGGUAUUGUCUCUGCUAUACAUAUUAGUAAUCCAGCUCAUUCGUUUCCAGAAAGGAUUCGGUCUCGCGCAAUAUGCAGAAUCCAUGAAUGCCGUAAUGGCCGCUCUAGGAUACUCGGAAUACGUUGUCCAAGGAGGCGACUGGGGCUCAUUCAUCGCCCGCGCCAUGGCCACUUUCUAUCCCACCCACGUCAAGGCCGUCCACCUCAACUUCAUCCCCAUGCCACCACCAUACCCGUGGAAACAUCCACUACUAUUCCUCCAAACCUUGCUGACGCUUCCAUUCUCUGCAACCGAACGCGCCAAAGUCAGCGUGUUGCGGGCCUAUCUCGACGACGGCAGCGGAUAUUCAAAACAGCAAGACACUCGACCGCAAACACUGGGGUAUGCUCUGCACGACAGUCCCGUGGGUCUGCUGGCCUGGGUGUAUGAGAAAUUACAAGCGUGGACCGACUCGUACGCAUGGACGGACGAUGAGGUUCUGCAGUGGGUGUCAAUCUAUCUCUUCUCGCGCGCGGGUCCUGCUGCCUCGUUGCGUAUAUACUACGAAUCGACACAUCCAGUCAGACCACAAGAAAACGACGGUAAAAUGAUCUCUCGCGAUCAGACUGUAUACGACCCGCUGCCGUCUAGUGUCAAGAUUGCCGUUGCGAAUUUUCCAAAGGAAAUUUUACAGUCGCCAUCAAGCUGGAUUCAGGCUGCUGGCAAUGUUGUGCGUGAAACGACGUUUGAUAGGGGUGGUCACUUUGCUGCAUGGGAAGUGCCGGCCUUGCUCGCGCACGAUGUUAAAGCGUUCAUGUCAAAGGCAGGGGAGGGUUAUGGUAUUGUUUCGGGGAAAGAUGGUUAUUAA